GGAAGUGCGCGCGCUAGUAAAAAAAAAAAAGGCUUUUCCCCCCAGUGCGCGUGUUAUUGUGAUCAGAGUUGCUGUGCGGGAAUAUGGCUUCACUUCACUUAUCCUCUCUUAUUUUACUCUCUGCUUGUCUGGGAUUUUGCCACACGCAUUUAAUCACAGAUGGAGAGCAACCUCCCCGCAAGAUUUUCCAUCAUUGGUGUGCCCUAAAGAAGGAUGAAGGGCCCUGCAAGGCGAUAAAGGACAGGUUCUACUUCAAUGUUGAGACGUUCCGCUGCGAGCUGUUCGAGUAUGGAGGCUGUCAGGGCAACGAGAACAAUUUCGAGACGGCAGAAGAAUGUGAAGAAAUGUGUCUGGUGAAAGUCAAAAAGAGCCCGUGCUACCUGGAGGAUGAGCCGGGCCCUUGCCGAGGCCUCGUACCUCGCUACUUCUUCGACAGCAAGGUGAACAAGUGCAAACGCUUCUUCUACGGUGGCUGCUUCGGAAACGCGAACAACUUCAGGACCCUUAAAGAAUGUCAGGACCGAUGCCAGCCAGAUAAUGGCACUGAGGAACCACAAUCCAUUCCCAAGGCUGAAGAGAAGACAGAGUCUACCGCACCUCCAGUCAUUAUACUUGACUUAGACUCAGAGUCUGCGUCUCACACACAGCCUUUCAAGAUGCCGAGGCCGGAGGCAAACACGGACACGGAGUUUGCUCUUCCCGAUUACUGCCUGAGUCCUGUCGACCUGGGUGAGUGUGACGGCACAGAGAGGAGAUUUUUCUACAACUCCAAAACUAAACGCUGUCAUGCCUUCAAGUACAGUGGCUGCGGUGGAAACAAGAACAACUUUGCCCACAAGAGGCUGUGCUUGAAAACCUGCGUAAAAGAUUACAGGGGACACGGCCGAAUACGAAUAAAGACCAAGAACGCCAGCAUCUUAUUGCGGUCCACCUGAGUCCCCUGAAUCACUCCUACUUUCUUUUUUAUGUGUAAUAUUAGUAUUUUAUAGAUCGAUAUCAAUUAUACACUUUGUUAUACUAUCUUCUGUAUGUGUAUGUUUCUAAUGUUACUUAAUAACCAUUUAAAAUGUAACCUUCAGUGCCUUUCUUUUAAUCCAAUAUUCGAGAAACCAAUUUUUUGCACAUAUUUGAGUUUUCUGUUGUUCAGAAGGUUGUGAGUUCAAAUCCCAGGACUGCCAGAGAGCCGACGUUGAGCCCUUGAGUGAGACUUUUAACCCUCACGUGGCCAGCUGUGUGCUUGGAUGGCCUUUCCUAAGUGUAGCUUUGGAUUAAAGCAUCUCUGAAACAGUGACUGUAUAUAUGGGCGAACAUCGUAACAGGGGUUUAAGAGUGAAGCUGAAAUGUCUCUGAGGCCCUCUAGUGGCUGGCUGCAGUACAGUUUUUAGCCCCGCCCAUUCCCGUGUAAGUGAAUGGAAAACAAGCCAAACUUUUUCCUCACAAAUUAUUUUUUGGGAAUAGUGUUCUGUCGUUCUUACGAGUUAAGUUGAUCGUGAUAUCUCACCCAAUAUUUUUUCCUAACAAUAAAUGCGUAUUAUAGGAGUUAUUUGAUGGUAAUUAAAACGGCAUGGUUGUUGAGGUGAUUGACAGUUUUGAGUGUAGAAAUACACUUUAGCCUCAUGAACAUGCACACAUUUUCCAACACUCACCUGAAACCCAUAAAGACUCUGAAUGAAGUGAUGGCAUAAACCAGGACAGCUAACUCUAGCUAAAUUUCAUAACAAUUUACUAUUGACUGUAUGACCUUAACAAAUGCAUAAAGCAGCCUAGUAAGGUUAGCCAGUCACUCGUUUUUAAGCAAACUCCAGCGACAGAAUGACUGGAGCAUAAAAGAGCCCAUCUUUCCAUUCAGAUGAGUAACUUACUGUGGGUCUGAGAGCUAAAUGAAAAUCACGGAGAGCAGAAUAUGCAGAAAUAUGUCGUUUGGAGUGUAAAUGUUGACUGCUGUUUACCAGUAUAUUUUCAUUACACUAUCUACUUAUAGUUAUAUUACUGUGAUGAACAUGAUGGAUUAGUUAGCAAAUGGGAGCUCAGUCAUGUCAUGAUGCAAAGCUCUAAAAUCUAGCUCCAAUUUUGACCUGAGCAAACUCAAUCAAGAUGGAAACUUUCAAUUCAACCAAAUUUAGGCUUUAAAACAAUACAGUGGGAGCCAAUGGCACCAUUUUGUCCACUCAUUCAUUGCUGUGAAAAGAAUAAAUGUAAAUUUCAGUGGUAUAUCAGUGGUGUAAAUUAAUCCAGGAGUUCAGUAUCAUAUUAAGCCUUUUUUUUAACUGAGCAGGAAGUGCAUGAGAACACAAAAAUGUGCACAAGGCUGCUUUAUUCUCCCUACCUGGUUUCUGUGUAUAUACAGUAUAUUCCUUUUACUUACUCAUGGUCAAAUAAAUACAUAGUGUGA